CUGGCCACGACUCUUUCCCUUCUCCACGCGCGCUCGGCGGCUGUCAUUUUCCUCCGUUCUACCCUCACCUCUCCGUCGGAGCGCCUCAAAACAUCGCAGCGGUCCCGCCACGCUCUUCACUCUUCCUACUUGAGUACUUGUUGCACAAAGCUGACCGCACCGGCGCCACGACGCAACACGAACGUGCUGGUUUCCAUUGUGGAUUCAAGCACAAUCGAUCGUCCCGCUGGUGUUUUCCCCGCCGCGAUUGUCCACCCACUCUGUGAGUUUGAAACACUGAGCUCUAGUCUAAACUGAAGUUGAGGGCAGAGAAAACGAAGUUAGAGGCUAGUAGAAGUUUGGUUGGUUCUAUAUCGUGGAUGUAAUGUUCUUGGUUAAAGUUGUACUUACUGAUAAUGAAUGGUGUUGAUGGCGGCGGACGAACAUCGAAGUGAAAAUAGUGGAAGAAGGUUGAAGUUAGCCGUAAUUCGUAGUGGCCCCGUGUGCUGAAGGAGACUAGUAUUUUCUUCCAUUUAGAAAGGAAAAAGCGGAGAGAAAAAAAGAAAAAUAUAAUUCGUGGAUAGCAAUCUGUGAGGUACAGAUGGAUGUGGGCGUUUGUGGUCGAAGGUUUGUGGGGAGUUUGAGGGAUUCAGAAAUCCGGGAAGCGUUGCCAUCAAUAAAGUGAGGUGAACAGAGUUUUUUCAACAAACCAAAUAAACAGAAAGAGACCGAAAAACCAAUCAAACCUAUGAAAAGCUAAAGAGAGAGACGAUUCUGUCACCACGUCAAGACCGGCAAGUUGAAGCCUGGUUCUUGUUGGAUACGAUGCAGUAAGACGAUUGGAACUCGUCCAGUUCAGCUAAACCCGCCGACCUAUAUGGAUUACUAUUGUGAACUCGACGAAUGGUAUUGCUCGAUGCUUCUGCCACUGCUGUUGUCGUUCUUGCCGCGACAAGAUGUGAUUUCAGAAACCCGUGCAGAGAGAAUCGGUUGUUAUGAGGUGGCGGCGAGGGCGGACGUUCGCAUAGGAUGGCUUAUGGGGCGUCUUAACUCUGUUGUAAUCUAGUUAGCUAUGCUCGAGCGCUGUUAAUGUUGAAGGCGCGCCCCACUUCGUUCCUCGGUUGAGGAGUGAGUUGCUGUUGUUCGAAGCGGAGCGGAGAAGUUAGAACGUAGCGAUCGAACUUGAGAAAUGCCAGAUAAGGCCAAUAUUCAGGGAGGCAGCAGCCAUGAACUGGCGGCUCUACGUCCUAGCACGGGUCCGUCGGAUGAAGAAUUCGACGAUGAUGUGCCGGAGCGAGGUCAGUGGACCAACAAGCUUGACUUUCUCAUGUCAUGCAUCGGUUACGCGAUAGGCCUCGGAAACGUUUGGAGGUUCCCUUACCUUUGCUACAAAAAUGGAGGAGGCGCGUUCCUGGUGCCUUAUUUGCUGACAUUGUUUCUGGGAGGGAUUCCCACUUUCUUCUUGGAGACAUCUCUCGGUCAAUUCCUCAGUAUAGGUGGGCUGGGAGUCUGGAAGAUAUGCCCAAUUUUCAAAGGCGUCGGCUAUGCGGCCGCGGUCAUGUCAUUCUGGCUCAACACAUACUACAUCGUGGUCUUGGCGUGGGCUUUUUACUAUAUCUACGCAUCACUCGCACCUGAUCUACCAUGGCGAACUUGCGACAAUCCCUGGAACACGAAGAACUGCCGAUCAGAAUACGAGCCCCAGAAUUGCACAACCGAGUGCCUACCUGCAAACGUCGUGCGCAGCCCCGUUAAAGAAUAUUGGGAGCAUUCGGUGCUUCAAAUCACGAGGGGAUUGCACGAGCCAGGAGAGAUCCGGUGGCCCCUAGCCACAACGCUGCUCGUUGCGUGGAUUCUCUGCUAUUUUUGUAUCUGGAAGGGCGUCAAAUGGACCGGAAAGGUCGUGUACUUCACCGCUCUGUUUCCUUACUUUCUUCUUGUCGUCCUUUUAGUUCGAGGAGUCACCCUGCCGGGUGCCAUGAUUGGGAUCAAAUUCUACAUUACGCCCAACCUUGACAAGCUUAGUGACUCGCAGCAGGUCUGGAUUGAUGCAGCAACACAAAUCUUCUUUUCCUAUGGCCUCGGCCUGGGAUCGCUUAUCGCGCUCGGCUCCUAUAACAAAUACCACAACAACGUCUAUAAAGAUGCCCUCAUUGUGUCUUGCGUUAACUCAGGCACUUCGAUCUUCGCCGGUUUCGUAAUUUUUUCAGUCAUCGGCUUUAUGGCCCACUCACAGGGUAAACAAAUCGAGGAGGUGGCAACGUCAGGUCCCGGCCUCGCCUUUCUUGCGUACCCAUCAGCCGUUCUGCAAUUGCCCGUAUCUCCGCUAUGGUCUGUAUUAUUCUUCCUUAUGAUAGUCAUGUUGGGUUUAGAUUCACAGUUCUGUACCUUGGAAGGCUUCAUCACGGCUGUCGUCGACGAGUACCCCAGGACCUUACGUCCACGCAAAGAACUGUUCAUCUUCAUAAUCUGUCUAGUAUCGUACGCAAUUGGUAUCAGCUUCAUAACGCAGGGAGGCAUGUACGUAUUCCAAUUGUUUGAGUAUUAUGCCGCUUCCGGAUUUGCCCUGCUUUUCCUCAUCUUCUUCGAAGUAAUUUCUAUCUCAUGGAGCUACGGCGUGAAUCGCUAUUACCAGAAUCUUACCGACAUGAUCGGCUACCGACCCUGCAUCUGGUGGAAGAUCUGUUGGGUCGCGCUAACCCCGGCUGUCUGUUUGGGAGUAUUUAUAUUCAGCUUGGUGCAAUAUCGGCCGCUGAGGUACAUUGAUUAUGAGUAUCCUUGGUGGGGUCAAGUGUUAGGCUGGAUCCUCGCCUUGUCGUCCAUGCUUUGCAUCCCGGGCUAUGCGGCAUACCUCUUCUGCGUCACACCAGGAGACUUUAGAACGAGAUGCAAAGAGCUCUUUCGGCCCGAUCUGGAUGUAGAGACGGAGAUUCGGGCGAGGAAACACCGCGAGGGUGACUCUAAGCUGGAUAGCUCGGUCACCCCCGUCUAAGUAAACGGCCCAUCUGAUGUUGAUUCGCAGACAAGCAACGCUGCCUAGACAGACAUUGCAAAAAAUACGCUGCUACUAAGAACAAUAUGCCUGUAACAUUACGCUGGUAUAGACUUCGUAUCUACGUUAAUGCACAAGUUAUAAUAAUAGCCAUAUAGUAGUAACUGACGGAUGACAGACGCUAUCUGCACGUCAUGUAUUAAUUAGCAGUCAAAAGGAAUUCACCUUAGAACCUGAUCCUCAUAAUUCUAGGCACUACAAUUGCUCAGGACGGUCAUUGGCCUAUGUGGAUUGAACGAGAUUUUUCAGAACGUUACGAUAUGUGUAGGGUCUUCCAGUUGAAGCAGACUACCGUAAUUUAGAUUGCGAAGUGGACUGCGGGACUCUCAUGCGACAGCGUUACCAAACAUGAUGAUUUUGGGAGUAACCCUGAUGAGUAAUAUAUCAAUUGGCAUCAUUGUUCCAUUGCUAAAAUGUGAAAGUAUAUAUAUAUAUAUAUAUAUGCUUUCGCAAUUUAGCUUAUUAUGUUAAUAAUCUUCCUUUAUUUAAGAAGCAACCAAAAAGUAUGCAUAUUCACGAUAUUAUUCCAUGAUAUAUAUAUAUAUGAAGCGUAGAAGCAUUGACCAAAAAUUAUCUCGACACCAGAUUACCACCAGGUAAAAAAAACAAAUGAAUCUGAACCACGACGAGACCUGAAGAAUAAAGUGGACGGUCGCAGGUUUGAAUCAAAAAGAAAAAUGGAAUUAUAAGGGCAACAAGUAUGGUGCCACUUGCCCGACCAUCAUCAUCAUCAUAUUAGUUUCCGAAUACCUUCACACAUACAUACAUACAUACAUACAUACACAAAAUCCCUCAGCCAUAUACGGACUUCCUACCGUAUCACCAUACACGGCUCCGCAGGGGCAGCGUAUUGCCGCCGAAGAUAGCCAAGCGCGGCGGCCAAAAUGAAGGAACGCGAUCACGAACCGCUUUCGUCUCAAUAAGGCGGCGACUUCUAUGCUAUUAAAGAUGGCUAGCCAAAAUGCAUUACGCAGCGAAAUCACAGCGUAACACACUAGCAUGGUACCAUCAUUUCGGUAUUAGUACUAUAUGAACAUCAUACUUAGUAAUGUCUUCCAUUCCAGUAGCCUUUUUCUAUAGACGAAUGCAGAACGAGACAAUAAUGAAAAGAAAGGCCGAGGGCGGAGUGAAGAAGCGGGAAACUGAAUAAUUGUGUACCGAACGAAAGGCGAGUGUCUGACACUAUAAGGUCUGCGCGAAAGCGAAUCAGAGUAAGCGGAAGCUAGAACAGAAAAAUCCUGACUGGAAUCGACAACAGAGCGUCAGAGGUAAGCGCCGAAAGCAAACAAACAUUUAAGCAUGAAAAUUGGAGGGAAAAUAAAUACGAAUAGUAGACGGGUUCGCAUCGAACUUCAGCGUCGUCGGUGUACAGCCUUAAUGCGGCUAUUGAGUUAGCGUGCAAAUUGCACGUCACCGCAAGAUUGCACGUGGUAUCCAUAAUAAGGUAUGUUUGAAUGGCUACAAAGAAAGAAGUCAGCGCCAAAACUUACUGAAUCACACCAUAGCAAAUCAUCUCUGCUAUACAAUAUACUCCAAGGUAGCGCCACGUAUCACCCAUAGACACGUUUGGUAAGAAUGAUGACAAUAUCACUACUACGAUAGUUUCUAUGAUGAUGUUAUUUAUAAUUACUCUCAUUAUUAUAAUUAGCAACUCUGCGAUAACAUAGCCAUCGUGACAAUUGGUACAAACUAAUAAAAGUCCAAAAGCCAGAUCGAUCGAUCGAUCAUUUGUAUUGUCAAUCAGUCUACUCACUCACUAUGACGACAACGUUGCUGAUGAUACAGACAAAGAUAAAGCUAGGCAAACGAAGGAGUACUGCCUGCUCUGCGAAAAAGAUGCGGAAUAACAUCAUACAAUACGGCCUACAACCUGUAAACCUAAGCAGUUUUACUACAAUGGGACGACUAGCAUUUACAAUAGAGCUAACCGUAAGAUAGGAUAUAGGAAACAAUAGCAGAAAGGAACUAGAGUUUCAACACAAUAUCUCAAUUCAAUAACUAAAAUAAUAACGGUAACAGUAAUCAUUAAUCGUGGAAAAAGCCAAAUGGAUACAUCACAGUAUAUACAUCAUUUCCCAAGUAUUAUAAAAAAAAAAAAAAGUAGAUGCCAUUGGUAAAUAUCUAAUCAAGUUUAUCUAUCUACCUAUCUAUACAUUCAUCAGCAAAACAGCCAGGCCAAUUUUUGGUCAGUACUAAAUCAGAUAUGUAUAUACAUCAACGUGCAUUUCUUAGCCUAGUAGAACUGAACAGACGAACAUAACC